UUCAAAAUCUCUCCUCUUAUGAACAUUAACACUUUCAUAAACAAAUAUCAACACGGCACUUAAUUUAAUAGACUCUUAUCCAAUUCAUCAGAGAAAAGUAGACAUUAACUGGAAAAAAAUAUCUCAGUCCUCACUUCGUGUCGUCGCAAAGAAGCAGUGGUUGCUAGCUUGUCUGUUAUCAGCUUAGCUUUGAUUGCUUGAUAAUCAAAAACCAGAGGGGAGUUAGGCCAACGGUUAGCAAAAGAAAAAAAGAAAGAAAGCUUACUCCCUUGAUAUCAAAGCAAAGCUCUUUUGGCUUUUGCAGUUGAUUCUUGGUCACCAUCUGAAACCCAACCUUCACCUUCCUGUCGUAUUCACUCCACAACCAUCUCUCGAACUUCCUUUUUCUAUGUUGCCCUCUAAGCUUAAAUAAAUGCCCACUUCAGUUUUUCAACUUUGGCGUGUUUUUUGUGUUCUUGGUUAAAGCUAAGGUUUUUGAGGGAAAAGUCCUGGUCUAUUGAUAAAAUACCCUUUUUAAGUUUCGAACGUUGUAAGGUUUGAUGGUAUUUAUUUCUAUUGCUUUUUCUUUCUGGUCAAGAUUGAAGCUCCGAGAGAUUCUAAAACUGGUGCAAACCAAGUAGUGUUCUUCAAUCGAGGAGCUGUAUCGAACAUGAAGAAGCUAUAGUUUGUUUGUGCUUCAAGGUUGAGCCUGUCGGUUAAAAAAUAGUGUUGUCAACUUUCAAGAAAUUGGAGCCAUCUCUGGCGACACCAUGCUUUGGUAUUUGCCUUUUUGCCUUGCUGAAAUCUAAAGCUUUCAAUCAAAACUUGCUGUUUGUCUACUCUCUCUGAUACCCAAUAAUAGAAAUUUUGUGAUUUCUAUAUUAGUGCCAUAUAUAGAAUUCAUACUGGCGUUCAAAUUCCAAAGGCUUGUACCUGAAAAUCUCUGCUUAAAACGUUCCCAAUGAAUACGCGGUACUCCUUUCCAACAGAUUCAUUCCGUAGUUCAAGUCCUGCAGUAUCACUUUCAUCAAAUUCUCCAGUAGGAGAAGAGCAUGGAACUGCGUUUCUCAGAAACAGGUCUCCUCGCCUUGCCCCGUCAUCAUUAUUCGUAAGAGCAGCGAUGAGAAUAUCUAGAGCAAGAUGGUUCACCUUCUUGAGGAGAGUAUUCCACUACCAGAAUGGCUCAAGCUCUAAUCUUGGGUCUAAUCCUUUCAAUUCUAGCUCUUGGAUGAUGCUGGAGUUCGUAGCUUUGCUCCUUCAAAUAUGCAUUACCACGUUCACCCUGGCUAUUUCGAAGGCAGAGAACCCUGUUUGGCCUGUGAGAAUAUGGAUUAUUGGUUAUAAUAUAGGUUGUGUCCUUAGUCUGCUGCUGCUCUAUGGUCGUUACCGGCAACUUAACGCAACUCAAGGCGAUGGUUUUGGCCUACCCGAUUUGGAGCAACAGGGGGGCAGUGAGGAAUCCAGGUACUCACAUUUGAUGAACAAGUGCCGGACCUCACUGGAACUCUUCUUUGCGAUAUGGUUUGUGAUGGGUAAUGUUUGGGUCUUCGAUUCUCGUUUUGGAUCUUACUUCCGUGCUCCAAAGCUCCAUGUGCUCUGCAUCUUUCUGCUUGCCUGGAAUGCUCUCAGUUACUCGUUUCCAUUUCUGUUGUUUCUACUGCUAUGCUGUUGUGUGCCGCUCAUUAGCACUGUCAUUGGCUACAACAUGAGCAUGGGGUCUGCCGAGAGAGGGGCGUCCGAUGACCAAAUAUCCAGACUACCAAGCCGGAGGUACAAAGCUGUGGACACCGAUUCGGAGUUUCGCAACAGUGUUGAUUGUGAUUCAACCGUUGCAAGUGAAGAUCUGGAAUGCUGUAUAUGCCUAGCCAAGUAUAAAGACAUAGAAGAAGUUAGGCAAUUGCCAUGCUCCCAUAUGUUUCACCUCAAGUGUGUAGAUCAAUGGCUUCGAAUUAUAUCCUGCUGCCCUCUCUGUAAACAAGAACUGGAAAAAUAGAGGGCAAGGCAACAAUAGAGGAUUGAAGAUUUUAUCAAGCUUUCUUCACAGUGUGCGAUUCUUAAUUUUUUUUUACAAGGUUCUUUUUUCUUUUUCUUUUUUGUGCUAAAAGAUUGUGUAUUUGUAUGGUUAUUCGAGUGAGUUUUUUGCUUGUAUAGAGGAGCUCACCAGUAAUCAUAAAUAUAGAACUCUGUCUUGGGGUUAUAUAUGGCAGUAGAAGGAUAUAUACCCCAAAAUAGGGUUGGGAAGUCCUUUCCUCAAGGAUAUAUACCCCACAAUCUGUACAUGAUUUCUUUUUUCCUGGUAAUGGUAAUGGAUACUGGUAUACAUGUAAUUGAACUUAAAUAAUGCAUAUAUUAUAACCCUGAUAAAUUAAUACUCA